CGGACACGCCCCCUCGCCAGAGGCCCCCCUCCGCGCCGCUUUCCACCGCCUUCUUGCUCUCGGCGGUCAGAGAGGGCCGGAGCGAGAAGAUGGCGAAGACGUACGAUUAUCUGUUCAAGCUGCUGCUCAUCGGCGACUCCGGCGUUGGCAAGACCUGCCUCCUGUUCCGCUUCUCAGAGGACGCCUUCAACACCACCUUUAUCUCAACCAUCGGAAUUGAUUUUAAAAUCAGAACGAUAGAACUUGACGGAAAGAAAAUUAAACUUCAAAUAUGGGACACGGCGGGCCAGGAAAGAUUCCGAACAAUUACAACAGCGUACUAUAGAGGAGCCAUGGGAAUUAUGCUGGUUUAUGACAUCACCAAUGAAAAAUCCUUUGACAAUAUUAAAAAUUGGAUAAGAAACAUUGAAGAGCACGCCUCUUCAGAUGUUGAAAGAAUGAUCCUGGGUAACAAAUGUGAUAUGAAUGACAAAAGACAAGUGUCGAAAGAAAGAGGGGAGAAGUUAGCAAUUGACUAUGGGAUUAAAUUUUUGGAGACAAGUGCAAAAUCGAGUACAAAUGUAGAAGAGGCAUUUUUUACACUUGCACGGGAUAUAAUGACAAAACUCAACAGAAAAAUGAAUGACAGCAAUUCAUCAGGAGCAGGUGGGCCAGUGAAAAUAACAGAAAGCCGGUCAAAGAAGACCAGUUUCUUCCGCUGUUCUCUACUUUGAUGAACUCCUCAUUUCUGAGAGACUGCAGAAUACCUAGAGGGCCCUUCCCUGCCUCUCUGAAAGCACAGGCUACCCAGCCUCAGAGUCACCUCGCCCGGCUGCUGCGGAGAGCACCCCGGAACUCUGACCUCUCAACACAGACCACCAAGUGGAUUCCAGCCUUGUGGCUUGGCAAAAGAGCAGGCUCCUUUCUUUAAAAACAGAGGCAAUGAUGUGGAGACACAUGUAGGACCUAACUGGUUUUUCCUUGUUUUACUGCCUAUCCUGGAAGCUGCUGUCUUUCUUUGCACAUGCGUGUCAGCCUUUCCCUGGUGCAGCAUAAUCUUAGACUCUUAACUGAGCACUUUAGUGGCAUAAAGUUCUAGACUUGUAUAUUUGGGGAUGCUUACAGAUAGCAGAGCAUUAAGCAGAGGUUGACCUGCUACAAUUAGAGGAUGGUUGGCCUGGGUCACAUGGCCAAAAGUUCUUCUGUUGGUAGCAUUUAUUGAAGGGCUUUGAUUUGUAGUAUUCCUAAAAAUCAUUAAAUUUGAUAAAUGUUUAAAAUUUAUAAAAAUGCCCAUCUAUCCAGAGGCCAUGGCACUGUCAUCUUUUCAGGGGGCGAUCAGUCAUGCUCACCCAAGUAGCUGUGUCCCUUUGAAGUUGGUUGCUCUGCCUCCUCUGUGGAAACAGCCUCUGGAAAGCACUGCAGCCUCACUGCUCAAGGGUUCUGUUUGCUGUCCCUUUCCUUCCUGUGUGACUUGCUGUCGUUAUUUACUAUAAAAUCUGUAGUAUAUGCAGGCACUGCUGUCUGUCUGUGUGCUUUGUGAGCAGCGAUCAUCGAGGUAGAUACGGGGUCAUCGCGGCUUUCUGUGCACAUCCAUCUGUGGUCUUGUCACAUUAGCGUAUAUGUAGUACGUUCUUUCUGAGUUUCACCCAUUAGCUUAUAUUGCCCAGUUCUUAACCAGAAUCCCCAUCUGUGAGAGUUAACAAAGUUUAGAUUUAGAGUUUAGUUUGCAGAAAACAUACAUAUACGGAGAGAGAUUAAACAUGUUAAUGUAACUUUAAAAGACAGCUGUUAGUAAUGCUGAAAGAAAGGACUUUUUGUUCUAACUAGGGUUUAAAAAAAAAAAGUAAUUAGACCUAGCACACCCUCCAGGAAUCUUGUCUUUUCAUUAGAGCACACAUGAUUCAGGUCUCAGCUUUCAAAUAGCCAUUGCUGGGUAUCUAAGACCCAGGCCUGUGUGCUUAGGUUUGUCAUUAGAGAAGUAGUGUGGCCACCCAGGCUAAAGCCCACCAAAGGCUUCACUGCUUUUCUCACCAAAUGCUGGUUCUGAUGUUUCUUCUGUGGGUGAAACCACCACACUGGGGACAGGGAUGGUAUUUAAUGUUAGCUUUUGUGCCAACUACAGAUGAUAAUGUCACUGCUGUCCUAACACAGCAGGCAUAAAAACAGGUGACAGUGACAGUCACUCCCCUCUGUUGUGCUGUACCUUAAGGUGAAUGUGGAGAGCUGGUUUCACAGACAGCUGCCUCAGAUUAAGAUCUGUGGUUUCAGUGCCUGGACCGGUCAGGCCUUCCCAUUUGUGGGAAGCUCAGACGCUUCCAGUGCAAGUCUGCAAGUAUAGCAGAGUUACUUUUGGUGGAUGUGCUGACUUCGACAAACUUCAGCCUUUUCUUCUUUUUCUCUAGUUACCUAUUGGCUUAAAAUUACUAUCCCUGUGCAAGCAGUUCACUCAUUGAGAACUGAUUACAAGUCUAACAUCAUGAAAUUAAAUACAUAUUUGAAAAGAACCAGUAUUUUCUUAGAAAUGUCUUAUCACUACUUUUCUGGGAAAAAAGUUCAAGCAGUUACAUUGGUCACAAAGUACUUUGCAAAAAGCACAGGCUGUGACACCACAUACGAAUGUAAUUCUCCUAGUACUUACCUCUGACUGUUUGGUGUCUUAACACUUUGGUUUCUAUCUCAGGGGUUGUCUGCAAACCAAAACUGACAUGUUCUGUGGUUAGCUUCUGCUUCCUCUCCUCUUCCUCCUCCUCCUCCUCCUCCUCCUUCU